AUCGGGACUGAGGUUUAAAAAAAUAAUAAGGGCUCAGAUUGAUAUAAAUACAGAUCCCCCUCAUUUUUCUCACCUUUUUCAUCUUGUUAAACACAAACAAAUAGAAAUGCUUUCAUCAUUAACACAAUCAACCAACGUGGCGAGAGUGGCGGGCUCCCGUCAGUUCUCUAAAUCAAUUUCACCUUCAGCAUUGAAUAACCACCAUUACAAUAAGAUCUUACAAGACCAAAAAUCAUUACCUGUUUUUGACUUUUUCGCUCAAACCAAAGCCAAAAAAUCCUUCGUGCUUGGUCACGGAGCAGCUGGAUUCGCAAAGAAGAGAUAUACCCCUGUACAUACCUCAACCUCUCAUUCUUCUGUUAGUUCGCAAGUUGGUGAAGAUGCGUAUUUUAGACGUGCUGAUGCUAUCGGUGUUGCCGAUGGUAUUGGUGGCUGGUCAGAGACUGCAGGUUCAAACUCGGCCUUGUACUCAAGUCAAUUAAUGCACUUUGCCAAUGAAGAAAUGGAUCGUUUUGAAGAUAUCGAAGAUCCUUGUUUCCUUCAAUACAAUGAAGCCAACCCUAUCGAUAUAUUAAAGCGUAGUUACGAGAAGAGUUUAUCAGUCGCCAAAAAGAACAACAUUCUUGGUUCGACAACAGCCUGUAUUGCCGUGUUACGUCACGAUGAAUUACGGGUGGCCAACAUUGGUGAUUGUGGGAUUUCAAUUAUUCGCAACAACCAUUACGUGUUUAGAAGUGAAGAACAACAACAUUCGUUCAACUUCCCUUAUCAGCUGGGUAUCAAAUCUCGCGAUGAACCAGGACAUGCUCAAUCAUUUGCUGUCAAGGUCAAAAAGGGUGAUAUCAUCAUUAUGGGUUCCGACGGAUUGUAUGACAACUUAUUUGAUAAGCAUAUCUUGGAAUUAGUAAAGAAGCAUGUUUUAGCGCAUACCAUCCCUGGUUCUGCUGAACGUGCUCCUCGCGUCCGUAACUUACAGCCCCAGAUCUUGUCUGAUAUCUUGGCCAAUGCAGCCAAAGAAGUGAGCGAGUCUCGUAGAGCAGAUACCCCUUUCCAAAGAAGAGCCAUGGAAGAAGGACUUUAUGUUGAAGGUGGUAAAGCCGACGAUAUCAGUGUCGUCGUCGCUGUCAUUAAAGAUUUAGAAGAUUCCCCAGAUCGUCGCCUUUAGAAGAACUAUAGAAAAUUACUUAUUUGCAUUUAACCCAUUUUAAUUAUCCCUCCUCAUAACUCCAUUUUAAUAAAAGAACAAUUUACUGCUCAUGU